GCAUUUGUGAGAUGUAAACAUAGCACAUGUGAACUGUCAAAAAAAUAAAAUAUAUAUUGAAAGGGACGACUUGAAAUUCCCUCUCGAUAAAAAUGGAUCAAAUGGCAAUGACAGAGGAACAAAAUGCUCGAAACAUGAAAGAUUUCCUGGAGCUCUAUAACAGAUUGACAGAACGAUGUUUUAACCAGUGUGUUGUGAACUUCAACAGCAGAAGUCUGUCCGAAUACGAAAACAGUUGUGUGGAGCAGUGCGCAGGCCGGUACGUCAAAUACAACCAGCGACUCAUGACCACCUUUGUGGACAUACAGAGCACCAAGCAGGAAGCCAUCAUCAAGGAGAUGGAGCGUGCGACCGCCGAGGGCAGACAACCCAACCUGCCCGGCGCAAAUCCAUUAUCCGCCACUGGAAUGACCCAGUCCGCACCCGAGUCCGCGCAGCCGGCCAUCCAGACUAACUCUUGAUGACACUUCAUCGCAACAUAGGAUAUAUUUUUUUUUGUGCGUUAGAAUAGAGCUUGUUAUUUAGUGUAUAUACACUAUGAUUUGGAAUUGUGUGUUUGUAACAAAAUAACAGGGCCGUCUUUAAUGACUGUGUAUGCUUAGCGGCUAGCCUGUCUAUGCCAUAAUUUGUGAUGGUUGCAGAACCAGUAUUUAAACUGUUUUAACUGUUUUCAACGUAAAGGCUUAUACAAGUGUGUCAGACUUACAUGUCAAAUUGUAAGAUGUCAAUGUAUGAUCUGAAUGAUGAUGGUCGUUGCCGACACUGCAGUUCUGUGUUACACUGCCAUCAUAAUGUAUUUAUAAUGCCGUCUGAUGUGCAUUAAUGAACGUGCACAUUGUAUUCAUAUAAUUAUGCAUGUAAAAAACGAGGAGGCUGUGAGAUGUAUUGUAUGUAUAUUAAAAUAUGCUUU